AUGGAAUAUGCUGAUUUGUUUGUAAUAGGGUUUAAUCUUUGUAUUGCCGGCAUUUAUGGUUAUACUUUAUAUCAAGACAAGCAAAAUCGGGCUCAAAGAGAGGCCUUUUUAUUGAAGCAACAAAAGGAAUUAUUAAAAGAAAUCAAUUUCAGCGAAGAAGACCAAGCAAAAAUAACAAAGAGCAUGAACCAAAUAGCUAGUGAACAGACUACCCAAAUAUUAGGCUUUGCUAAUCCAUUCAGCACUAAUAUUCCCACUUCCCAAAAAGCAGAGAAUUUUAGCCAAUUAGUCCAACAGCAAAUAUUAGAAAAAGAACAAAUCGCUAAAAAGGAACAAGAAAUCCAACAACAAGCUGAAACUUUAAAAAAAGCAGCUGAAAUAGAAAACAAUCUCAAAGAAAUUAGCACUAAUUUAGAAUUCGAAAAAGCCGAAAAGAUACUCAGAAGAGAAGAAAGCGAGCAAGACAAAAAUUUCCUAAAUAGGCUAGAAAGACUACCGAUCCCUUCCGAGGAAGAACAAAUCCUUUUAUCCAAUCUAAACCUAACCUUAGAGCAAUAUAUUGCUAUUUCUUUAAAAACUCCUUAUCUAACUAAACUAGAAGAAGAGUUUAUAAUAGAAAACUAUCCAACCUUAGAUUUACCAGCAAAAUUACAGUUAUUAAGUAGUGGAUUGAAUAAUUUAGGAAUAGAUACUUACGAAAAGAAAGAAAAGUUAAUUGAAUUAAUCUUAACUUGCCAAUCAGAACAACUAUCAUUCGGCUUAAAUGCCAAAGAAAAAGAAGGAAUAUUAAGAUUAUUAAUGAAUACCCUUAAUUUAUCUUCUGAACAAAAGGAAAAUCUAGAACAAAUGGGCAUUAAGUUGACAGAAGAGCAGGCAGAAGAAUUAACUGCCAUUCACCCUGACCAAUUUAAAACUUUUUCUUUAACCGGUCAGCAAAAGAAUAUUCUAAAUAAUUUAGCCCCUUUAAUUAGGGAAGAUAAGUAUUCCGAAUCAAGUUUAACCCUGCUUAAAUCUCUAAACUUAAAGCCCAACAUCCAAAUCUUUUUAGUCCAAGAAGAAAUAAUCCCCGACCCACACACUGCUUUUGGAACUGCUAAGAGUUCUUAUUUACCUUUAAAAGAAAAAUUCCUAUUAGGGGAACAAAGAACUUUACAAAAGGUAAAGGAAGAGGAAGAGAGGGAAUUAAAAGAGGAAAAAAUUAAACAGAAUAAACUAUCUAUUUUAAGAAGUUUAAUGAACUUUGCAGAAAAUAAACCAGAAAUAGAAGAUGAAGAAUUUAGAUUUCACCGAACAACUAGAAAAAGAGUGAAAAAUUAUUUAAGAGAUGAACUAACUCUAACUCCCGAAGAAGUCUUAAAUCAGGGUAAUUUAGAUUAUUUGAGAGAACAAUUCACCAACUCUCAGGAAAAAGGUAAAUCCAGCACUUCUUCUCGUUACGACAAUCUCUUUGCUAAUCUAAACAAAGAAGAAGCCGAAAGAAAGAAAAAGAAACUAGAAAGAGAAGAGGCUCAGAAGAAAUUACAAGAAGCUGAAAGAUUAAGAAGACAGGAAAAGUUAUCCGAAAAAGAUAAAAAGUUAAAAGAAGAUGAAGAAAGAAGAAAACAGGAAAGAGAAUUAGCCGAACAAGAAACCAAAAAGAAAAGACAAGCUGAGGAAGCCCGUAACAAAGCACUUCAAGAAGAACAAGAAGCCUUUUUAACUGAAAAACUUCAUAAUAUUGAAGAAAAAAGAAAAAGAGCCGAACAAGCCUUAGAAAAUCAAAGAAAGGAGAAUGAACUGCAAGAGAAAAAAAAGAAAGACCAAAUUGAGAAGAUGGAAAAGAAAAAUCGGCAAGAACAAGCAAGACUGGCUAAACAGGCUCAAUUAAUCGAAGAAGAAAAGAAAAAAAAACUGGCUGCUAUUGCUUUGGAAGACCAAGAAGAACGACAAAGAAUAGAAAAGAAGAUGAAUGAGGAAAAAGCUAAGGUUGAAGCAGAAAUGAAAGAAAAGCAAAGAUUAGCUGAUGAAGCCUUAGAAAAAGCCAAAAUCCAAGCCGAAAAAGAAAGAAAAGAAAGAGAACAAGAGAUAACCAACUUACAAAGAGCUCAAGAAAAUGCUCGCAAAGAAGCCGAAGAACUUACUAGAUUAGCCCAAAAUAGAGAAAGAAUUCUCCGUGAACAAAAAGGUAGAGAAAAUCAGUUAGAAGCUCAUCGGGAAUAUUUAUGA